AUGGCUUCGUCGGUUUUCUACCUCGCUCACCUUCCCAGUCCGCCGAUACCUCUUCCCCGCGUUCCGGGCCCCAAACUGGCGCCUUUCACUCCAAGUGCUCAAGCUGACAUUGAGUUUCUUGAGUUUCUUGGCCACGAAAACGACGUGGAUUCUCUGGUUUGGAAAGUCAAGAUCAACGGAGGGCUCUUUGCUCUUAAGGUGUUCUUCUUCCGCCGGUGGGAAUUUCUCCGUGACAAUCAGGGUGCGGACCUUACGACACCACUGGCCAAUCCGCAGCUUUAUGUCGACUACUUUGACCCCUUCAACUGUGAGUGCCGUGCCUAUGGCCGACUCAAGGAGGCAAAGCGCGAGGAUCUGGCCGUCAAGGCCCACGGCUAUCUCCUUCUCACGCCCCAGCAAGAAAUCGAGUUAGAGCGUAGAGUGACAGCCAUUGACCCUGACCCACUCCCCGAUGCCAACGCAAGCGAGCUCACUGGUCACAACUUCUGGACGCGACACGAGCAGCACCGCGGACUGCCCGUUCGGGCCAUUGUCAAGGAUUUCGUCCCCGGUGACCGUCUUACUUCCGCUCAGGUCCGGGCCAUGUGGCCGGACCUACAGGAACUUCACUCUCUAGGCAUCCUCGUGGGCGACACGCACGGCGGAAACUAUCUCGGCGGGAAGCUCGUCGACUUCAGCCGCUCGUUGACCAUGUACCACCCGGGUCUGCACUACAUUUUUGAGAGCACGCAAAGGGAAAUGAUGUUGGAGGAGCUGCAGCACCUACUGGACUAUUACUAUUACCUGCUGAAUUGGAGCUCGACGGACGGGAUCGACAUCCCUCAAGACCUCGAGGCUUUCUGCUCGGGACACCUAGACGAGUACCAGAAUCUUCCCAUAAAGCAUAAGUUUCUUCAGUGGGAGGAGGACCCCGACGCGGCAAUGAAGUUCGUGGAACAAGAGCUAUUCAAAAAGGAGGUUGAUUGA